AUGGGCAUUCGCGGGUUCUUUCAGCUCGCGCGGGAGGCGGGGGCGAUGGUGGAGGAGUUCGUGCGAGGCGGCCCUGCAGCGGUUGGGAGGGUGCUGGCGGGCUGGCUGAGAGAGAGGGAGAUUCAGGUCCUAUUCCUCGACGUCUCCUCCCUCACCGGCCACAUCCUCGUCCAGCAAGAACAGCGACAGGCUCGCGAAGACCGACUCGGCGAACGCUUGCCGCACUACCAGGCAGCUUUCACGGCGAGAUCGUGUGACCACCUCCACGCCCUCCUCCUCCCCAUCCGCGCGGCUCUCCCUGACCUCGCGAUCCAUCUCGUGUCCGAUCACUUCGACUAUCGCCCGUCGACCAAGGAGCCCGAGAUCGAGAAGCGCGAGAAGAAGCGGCUCACGGUGUGGUUCGAGGGUGCUAUGCAGCUCGUCAAGGAGGUGAGGAGGAAGGGGAAGAAUCAUGUCGGGCAUGCGCAGCGACUUCUGGAGAAAGCAGGUCUUGCUGAGGUGCACAGCGGGCUUCCCAAAGGAGCUGUUGGACUUCAUCGCGUGCAGGCUGAGGAGAUCGCUGGAUGCUCGUCGGCUUCGGCCAGAUGGCAGUGCGACAACGUCCUCCUCGUCACCGCGCCGUCCGAUGCAGACGGUCACCUCGCGCGCGCCGCCCUUGCCGCAUCCUCUCCUUGCGCAUCGUCCAAGCCUCGCCCCCUUCACGGCCUCGUCGAGCCGACUCAGCACCUCGACCUCCUUGCCAAGCAGUCCGUCUCGCCGGCCAGGAUCCUGACGCUCGCCGGCGACAGCGAUCUGAGCGCCAACGCCGGCUCCGGCGUCGCCCGCUUCUUCGCGAGGAUCAACUGGCAGACUGGCGGCGCCUCGCUCGGCGUGAUCGACAAACGCGACCUGAGCCUGUCCCUCGGCUACUCGACCAGCGGUGUUGAGCUCGCCAACGCCGCACUCGCCAUGGGACAAGACUCGACUGGCAGCGGCAUCCUCGGCCUCGGCAUCAAGGCCGUCGUCAACCCGAAGCCGGAGUACAUGGCCUUUGCCGCCGAGGAUUGGGGAGCCCUCGCACGCGACGACAAGGUCGAGGAGCAGCGGUUGUGGGACGAGCGUGGAGGAAGUCUCGAGAAGGCGCUGAAGGUCAAGGUGCCCGAGAAGCCAUGGGGCGAGGAGAUGAGGGUCUUUCGCGGCUAUGAGGGUGCGGUCGUGUCGAAGAUGGCGGUAAUGGAGCGCGUCUGGGUGACGGUGCGUGACGAGGCGCAAGCUCGGAACCCGAACCCCUCUCCUCCUCGCCGACACAACCUUGGCUUGCCCACCUCGACUCCUCCUCGCACCGCACCUCGAUCCCCGAAACAAAAGCUCCCACCCUCGCCUCAGACUCAAUUUGUACAAGUUCGCUACCGUCCUCAGGUACCCACCUCGGCCGACCAGCUCGCCGUGCUCGACGCCACGAAGCCCGCCAACCCCGCCCCAAUCGUUACGCCAACUGAGACGCCGAGCGGAGGCAAGAAGCGGAAGCGGGAGUCGUUGAAGCUGAAGGUUCCGAGUGUUGAGGCAGGCCGACAGGCGAAGCGGCAGGAGAAGGAGGGGAAGAAGGCGGACGCGAUUGAGGGAAAGGAGAAGGGCGACGAGCCGGCCGGUGACAAGGAGAAGGUCCCACAGGCGACGCCGAUCCGCGACUCGGCACCGACAAGGACCCGGCGAAUCAACCUCAAGAAUGCGGUCCAGUCGGCCGACUUGCUCUACAUCCUCCGCCUCGCCAACAUUGUCUUCACAUCCGUCGCGCCGGUCCUCAUCUCGAGUUCCCUGUCGCUCCUUCUCACCUCUCGCAAACGGUUCGACAAAGCGAGCAUCGGGGCGAUCCGCCUGGCGCAGGACUGCGCGGACUGCACCGCCGACGUCUUCAAGCUCGUCGACCUUGUUCUCGACUUCACGCUCAACCAGUCGCGACAAGGGACGUUCCGCGAAGCAAGCUUGGCGGAGACGGCGAGGCAGGAGCUGGGCCGAGGAGCAGACGGGUCUGCUGUCGCCGCGUGGGCGGAGGAAUGGGACAGUCUUGCGGAGGAAGAGCAAAAUGUUGCCCUCGAGCGUUCCCUCCCUCUCGGCGACGUAAGGGUCGCCAAGUCCGUCCAGCAGCACCUCGACAUCCCUCCUGUCAUCGCCGUCUUCCUUCUCUAUCCCGGCGCGCAAGCGAUCCUCAAGGACCUCGUCGCGCAGGCAUCGACUGCCGUCUUCGUUGCUCGCAAGGCUCGCGCUGGCCGCUUUGUCGCCGACCUCGUCUCGUCGAUUCUCCUCGGCGGCGUCAAUGGCACGCCCAACUUGGAUGUCGACAUCGACGAUGCGACCGCAGCCUCUCGCGCUCGACUCGCAGCCGCAUGUCAUGACGACCCGGCGCUCGAGAAGGAGGUCGUCUACAUUUGCCGUCAGACCUUCCUUCGCACGCCGUCGCAUACCAUCCUGCCGUCGACCGAGCUCCUCAACACACUCUCAACCUUCGCCCAGUCGCUCUCCCCCGAUCUCGAACAGCGUUUCGCGUCGACCCUGUCGCUGCCCAGCAUCGACGACCUCGCCUCCGUCCUCGUCAUCUGCACUCAAGUCGCAAGCCGCCUCAUCAUUGAAGCGGCAGACGCUACCGCCCGCACGCAAUACGACGAGGAUGAGGCGCUUCGCCCGAAAAACCUCGCGCAUCGCGGCAACUCCUCGCGCUGGCGCGACAGUGUUCACGAGCUGCUCGUCGAGAAGCUCGUCAACGCCGGCAUCGUCGCAGCAGGUGCUGGUCGACCGCACGAGUCCGCAUGGAGCGUAGAGGAGUGCGACGGAGCUGUUCUGGCGGGCCGGAAAGCGCUGCUCGAUCUGAGUAGGCGUACGGUAAAGCGCAACCCGAGUGAGAAAGCGGGAUCUGCGGCGCCGGCGGAGGACAAGGAGGAGGGAGAAGCAGACGAGGAGGAUUCGAAGGAGCAGGCCUGGCCCAUGCGACGCUCGUCUUUCGCCCAGCUCAUUGCUGGCGGAGCAAGCACCCUCCUUUCGCCCGAGAUCCUCCUCUUCUUCUUGGAGGAGCAGCUCAGCCAGUCGUCGGCAAGCGUCGUCAAGGAUGAAGCCGGACUCUCGUCGACGACCUUCCUCCCGACACACGCUCCAAUGAGUGCCGCCGACGCAUGCUCGCUCAUCUCCUCCAUUGCUGAGGAGCCCGUCAUCGUUCCUCGUGUCGCCGCCACGCUCAAGGACUACAUCCCCUUUCUCUCUCGCAUCAAGAGCCACGACCGGAAGACCGACGACACCCUCGGCAAAUCGCAGGACGCAGCGGAUCACUUCUACUACUGCAGCCAGCUCCUCUCGCUCCUCAACAUCGACUGCACCACGCUGUCGCCGCACGCCCCGACUGCAGCGCAAGACCGCACCUUGCGCAACAUUGCGGCUCAGAUCGAGGCAACUUGGUCGGGAGGGGUCAUCAGCGUUGGCAGAAAGCCGAUCAUGAAGCCAACGCCGAGGCAGAUCCUGCAGCUGGCGUCCGGCGACUUGCUCGAGGCGUUCCGCAUCGUCUUCCCAUCCUUCAAGCUCCCGCACCUUCCCCGCGGCUCAGUCACCUUCUCCCACAAUCGCAUCCACGUGCAUAUCCUUCGCAUCGACACUCCUCCUCCCUACUUGCUCAAGAGCUUGUACGGCUCAGCGGCUGCGACGCCUCGGAAACUGACAGUCGGCUGCUUCCUUCGCGAUGCCUACGAGUCGGCCAAGUCAGCCAAAUACUUCACCGGCCUCGCGCUCCCUCCCGCCAAACUCGUCGAGCAACAUUCUCCCUCCACCUCAAACACGUCGACAUUCUUCGACGAGAACGACCAGCCGCUUGAUCGACGACUUGCCGAGCGCCCCGUCACGCCGCGCCAGGCGCAGGUCAAGCCGGCGCUGUCGACGCUCCCGUCCGUGCCGUGGCUUGGAGGCGACAACCUCGUCGAGCUGCGUCGCUUCCUCGGCCUUCAGCCAGAUGGUUCGGGCGGCUACGACAAGAAUGUCCUGGUCAUUGCCUUCAAUCUUGGCUCGAAGAAUGUCGGCGUCGGCUGCGCUGAGCGCCCAGCAAUCCCCGGCUCCGUCACAUGCAUCCGCGUCCGUGACGCCGUCUUCCUCGGCUCAGAGCGAGAACUGCAGCGUCGGGCGCAGCAGAAGGCGACACUUUCAAGCAACGCUGGGCCCUCAAAAAGGACCGCCUUCGACUGCCAACGCCAACGCCAGAAGCUACUCGACCAGGUCGCGCACGAGUUCGUCAGCGAGGCGGUCAAGACGCCUCCGCACGGCAUCGGCUGGCCCGUCGUCGAGAAGGUCGUCGUUGCGAUCGGCGGUGGCGACAUCGAGGCGGCUUUCGGACAGCGUGGUAGCAAGGCGGCCGGCCCCUUCAUCGCGUCAAUCAUCCAGCACUUCGAGGCGCAAUUCGGCAAGGGCAACGUUGUCGCGCGCAUUGUCAACGAGGCUUACACCUCGUCGCGCUGCGUCCGCCUCCCGUGCCGCAAGAAGGACAACAAGCCGCUCGUCAAGUACGUCUGGACUGAAGGUCCUCGUAAAGGUCGCCAGUUCUACCGCAUUCUCUACUGCGCCGACUGCGAGCGCACGAUCAACCGCGACGAAGUCGGAGGACAGAACAUCCUCACGAACGUCCUCAGCGCCGUUCGGUUCGGCUUCGGCGCCUUCACCGCCAAGUUCGCCGCCCGAAUGGGCUUGAAGUGGAAAGGCGUUGGGGAUGCGGCGCAGAUGGGAGGCGAGGGAGAGGGAGAGGGCGUGGGAGAAGAGAAGGGCGAGGGAGAGGAGAAGGGCGAGGCCGAGGUGGACGACCCGACGACUGCUCAGGAGAAUCCCGCGACGACAAGCGCCGGUACUGCCGAUAGCCCUCUUGCCGACCAAUCUCUCCCGGCUGACGUCCGCCGCGACCUCAACGAGCUCGAGGACGACCUGUACCUUCACCCGGAGGAAUACGUCGUUCGCCGCGACGCCAUCCUCUCCCGUGUUCGCCAGACGGGCAGUUAG